AUGUGUGGAUCUUCGAUCUUCAUCCUUUGCAUCGCCUGGGCUAGAGCUAUCGGUCCAACGAUCCGUGCUUCGCCAGAGCUAAGGGUGCUGCAAGGAACGGCCGAAGAACGCUUGGGUCGCUAUGAUCGAGCCCUGGGUGGUGGCCCGGAUCUGUUCAUCGCCCUGGGGCGAGUGCCGGAAGCUGGUGAUCUGGUGACAGAGAUGGAGCUGGAAGGCCUAAAAACGGAUGCCUUCAUCCUCCGAUCUCGCAAUGUUUCCGGCCGGCUGCUGGUUGUUUGUGCUGGGAGGAGUAUCCGAGCCGUUGGCUAUGCCUUCUUUGAAUUCUUGCAGCUGCUGGGUUUCGGUUUCCUUCAUCCUUUGAAACCAGUUCUUCCAGAUGUGCUCCCGAAGUUGCACCCACUGGAUGUGCAUGAGUCACCCCGUUGGGCGUUUCGAGGAUCACAUUAUCACACGCAGCAUCCCCUAGAGCUGACGAAUUUGUUAAAUGGCUACGAUGAUCACGGGCAGACAGAGGACCGAGAGCGCUGGGCCCUUUCUCUCAAUGCUUGGCAGGACUACUUGGAUUGGUUGCUGGCGCAGAAACAGAACUAUGUGGAGUGGAUGCUAUUGGCUGACCGACGACGAAAGGACCACAAGGAGGACCUCAAGGACCAGGCUAAGCCUGGAUUUGAGCUGAGUGAUGAACGGCGUUGGCGUCUGCAGACCUUGGUACAAGCUGCACAUGACAAGGGCCUGGAGGUGGGUGUUGAUGUGCCUUUGUCGUUGAAGCAACAGCAUGCACUGAACUUGCUGCCGAACCAACGAGGAGAUCACCAAGAGGAGGUGCGGCGCCGCAUCCGUUGGCUUCGCAGUUGUGGCUUUGACCAUUUGGGCACUGAACUCGGGAGUACAGAGUUCACACGAGGUCUGAAGGCCUCCGAGAUGGUUCAGCUGUUGAAUGUGGCGCAGGAUGAGCUCGGGUCACAGAAGCUAUUGGUGAAGAACCAUUGCUCCACCAAUCAAUGGGCCAAUGGCUUUGAAGAUCCAAGGCCCGGGAAGCAGGGUCAGACCUUGAACUUCAACUACCUCAACUACUAUGCAAAUCCGCAAAUUGUCACUAUGCCCCACACGGUGCAGGCAUAUUCGCUGUUGGAUCCGGCACCUACCUAUGGAAACAGCAACUUUUCGGAUCUCGGAAACUGGACAUCUUUCUUACUGCAGCAGGGCCGGCCAGUGGUGUUCUACCCCGAGACAGCUUACUGGGUGAACUUCGACAUCUCAGUACCCUUGUUCCUGGCACCGAUCUACGCCCUGGAUCGUGUGGAAGAUGCUGGCACCAUUGAUUCCAUGCAGGGCUCUGUGCCCCUGUUGGGCCAGCUGAAUUUUGAGAGCGGCUGGCAGUGGGGCUAUUGGCUUGCGAACUCCGUCCAGGCUUUGACCGCGUGGCGUCAGAUGCCGCUGCAGCGAACGUUUCAACAGCUCUUGCGCUUCGUGGGACUCAGGAGUUACCCCUUGGCGGAGCUAUUGGUGGAUUACGCGACCGCGCAGCGGCGGCUGUUGAUUCGGGGCAUGCGAGAAGGAGGUGUUCAGACGAUCCCCGCCCCAGGAGUAGGCGAGGGCUCGGCCACGGGCAUUGCCUACCUCCAGGGCUCAGAAGGUCUGUCGGAUUUGGGCUCGAUGAUGGCGCGCUACCUGGGCGAGGGUGCUCCCCAGCCUGAUCGAUUGCAUUUGAUGGAGCUCCAACGAGAGGCCCCUGCAAGCCAUCGAGUGUUGCGAGCAUUGGUCCAGACGGGCGGUGCUAUGAACGAUGUGUUCCGCGGAAGCGAACUUUAUGCGCAAAGGCAGCAAUGGUUCCAGGACCCAGCUGAAAGUGCCAUGGAACAUUGUGGACAUAUACCGCCGGACAGCGAUGCAAGGGCAGCCCCAGUGCCGUGGAGAGAGUACACCCCCAGCGAAAGUUCCGGGGUGGGCAGAUAUAAGUUGCUGUUGAACCUGCUGCAGAGGGCAGUUGCAGAUCAGGAACUCUCAACUCUGCCUCUAGAAGCUGGAACUGGAACAAGUGCAACAGCGGCAACGCUGCCCAGAUUUGUGACGGAAACAGCAGCUGCAGCUCCAAUGCCCAUCUUGAAUUUUGCGGGUGGUGAAAUGCAAGGCCUCGAUGAAGCAGGAUAUGUGAUUUUCUCGGUUCCCUUACUGAUGGCAGACCUUGUUUACCUCUCGGCCAGUAGCCGUUCAGAGGCUGUUCAGAAGGGUGAGGUCGUUGAAUAUUUCUUAGCUUUGGCACCACGGCCCCAGCUCUCUGAAACCCACAAGUUAGAAGAUGUUUGGCUAAUGUAUACAGCAGCAGCUGAUUCCAGUGACUUCCUUCGCUUGCUCUUUCAAUUCGGAAGUCGUGGGGCCCUCCGAUGGGAUCUGGAGAACUGCUACGGUUUGACCGAAAGAGCUCUAGGCUCGGGUGGCUGUGGCACGGUGUAUCUGGGACAAUCCAAGAUGCAGCUGCCUCCACAAAAGGAGUCCAGUCGACCAUUAGAUAUGCCGGCAGUCCCUCAAGUGGCCAUCAAAAAGCUCAACAAGAGUGGUGGUUUGGCAGAGGAAACCUCCAUUCGCAGUGAGAUUGAGUUUCUAGCUGUUGCCAAAGGUCAUCCCAACAUCACGGCGCUCUUCGGAGUCUUUUGUCAUGAAGAACAAGACGAUCCCGCGGAGCUUCCACGGGCGCGCUGGUGCAUCGUGAUGUCGCUGUACUCUGCUGGAGAUCUCUUUGAUUACCUCGCGGCCAAUGGCGCCAUGCCGGAACCCGCAGCUGUGACGCUGAUGUUGUGCCUGCUGAGUGCCCUAACUCAUCUGCACAGAUUAGGGGUUGUACAUCGAGACGUAAAAGCCGAGAACAUCUUGUUAGCUUCCUCAAAGGCUGUCCUGUCUGACCUGGGAAUUGCCGCGUUCGUCAAAGACGACGUGGCCAUGCAAAAACGUGUGGGAUCUCCAGGCUAUGCGCCACCCGAAGUCGUCACAGAUCUUCCCUACGACGAGAAGGUGGACGUAUUUGGUGCGGGUGCCGUGCUCUAUUUCGCCCUCAGCAACACCUUGCCCUUCCCCGGCAAGAGCUUGAAGAAGGUAUUGGAGCUCACAGCCAAAUGCAAAGUGAGGUAUGAUCCCACCUUGUUUGGAGAGUAUGGUGGUAGCAUCAUGCAGCUCUUAAAAGCCUUGCUGCAAAAGGAUCCCAACAAACGACCCAGUUCCAAGAAGAGUUUCAUCUCCCUCUGGACCUUGGCGAAGCCGGACGUGCGGAACAGCUCCGCCGCCAAGGCGGCGUACCAAGCCAUGGAGGACGGCGCCGAGCGUGCGGCGUCACGGCCCGCGCCGGUCGCCCCGCCCAGCCCGACCGCGGUGCCGAAGGUGGUGCGGACCUCCUCCCGGAAUGAUGUUAGAGAACAGAAGGCGGAAGCUGCUGCCACCGCCCCUGCAGCUGUUGGGAAGUCCGAGGCAGCGGCUCCUGCUGAAGCGACGUCCGGUCCUGAAGCGUCCACGGAACUGCAACCCAAACCUCCCAGUGCCCCGAAACCUUCGGGGAGUUUCUCUUGGAUGAGAAGUUUCGGUCUUUGCUGUGAGAUCGACUCGGACCAUUUGCGUCCCCUUUUGACGGAGAUCAACUCCACCUUCGCCGCUCUUGCCAAGCGAUUUGAAGAUUUCCACUCUCUUGGCCCACAGGUGGAAGACUUAGUGGUGUCCGCAGAAAUGCUAAGUCUACGGGCCUCUCAUGUGCUGGCACUUUAUGAAUAUGCAGCUAUGUGUCGCAUCCCGACUGACACCGCCUGUGCCAGUAUGAAUGUGGCCAAAGCCGCCCUCCGCACUGCUGAGGUCCUGGUGCAGCAACGUGCUCCGCAGAUGGGUUUGGAACGUUUGGGUCCCGGUGGACAUCGCCUGGUUUUGGAAUGGAGUGAACCUAUUCCAGCGGCCUACUCCUACGGCUACCUCUGGGCCGCACAUACGCUCUUCUACUGGCAUCGAGAUCAAGCGAUGGUGGAGCAGGAAAUUUGGGACCUGUGCUUUCGCACCAUCAACGACCCUGUGGAAUUGGGACUCACCGGUGGUGGUGGCCCCUGGGCUCGUUGGAUGCAAUCGAUGGCUCAAUGGGUCCUUUCCAACCGCCUGUGGCAUUUCAAGCUGUCGGAGUGCUUAGGGCCCCCGGCAGAGCCCAAGCGAGGAGAAGCUGCGGAGGAAGCCAUCGUGAUGUGA